AUGAACUAUUUUUGCAUUCCUUGUUAAUAACCAUGCAAGACUUGCUAAAAUUUUACAUUCUAAUGUCUAACAUGUUUGGAUGUUAACCAUGAGUUAAACUACUUAUCAUAAUGUGUUUGUAAAUCUUCCUAUUAUCCUGAUACUCUAACAACAUGUGCAAAAUGUUCAGAGUCUUGCAAAGAAUGUGAUCAAAAUGGUUGUAUUAGCUGCAUUAGUGUAGAUCAAAUCUUAGAUCCAAACAAUAUUUGUGUUUGUAAUCCUGGAUUUGUUUUAGUCGGUAAUCAAUGCAUUCUAUCUUUAUGUGGUGAUGAAAAAGUGUCUUUAGCUGAGGAAUGUGAUGAUGGAAAUAUGAUCCCAUAUGACGGAUGUCACGAAUGCAAAUUUUCAUGUUAAUUAUAAUGUGAUGAUUGCAUUUAAGGGAUAUGUUAUGGUUGUAUUGAUACAGGUUGGAUACUUAAUUAAAUUAAUAUUUGUACUCCUUAAUGUGGAGAUGGCGUUGUUAUUGAAGAAUAUGAAUAAUGUGACGAUGGCAACGACACACCUUACGAUGGUUGUUAUUAGUGUUAAUUUGAAUGCCCAGAAGGCUGUAUUCAAUGCUAAUCAAACCAAUGCCAAAAAUGUCAUCAUUUUUAUGUAUUAGACAUUAAAACAGGUAAUUGUUUCAAAUAAAACAAUGAUAAUGAUGACUAAUAUAUAGAAUUUGCAAUUCUCUAGCUUGAGUAAAUGACGAAUUUCAGAUGCGGUGAUAAUCAUGUAAUUAUUAAUAAUACUUGCGUUCAUAAGUGUGGCAAUGGAUUAAGAGAUGGCCAAUAUGAAGAAUGCGAUGAUGGAAAUUUAUAUGGAGGAGAUGGCUGUUCUUCUUUUUGUUUAAUAGAGAGUUCAUAUUAAUGUAGAGAUUAGGAGAACUCUAUAAGUUUGUGCACAUAUAUUAAAGCUCCUGAAAUGAAUUUGAAUAUUCUAACUAAUAAUGCCAAUUCACUUCAAGUUUUAGAGUUGACUUUUACUUCAUAAGUCUAAUUGGAAGAAGCUGUGAAUUUCGAAGAUAUUGUAGCAUUCACUAUUAAGCCUUAAACUCAAUACAAAUUAACAAUUAAUUGUAUUUCAAAUAUUACAAUUUAAUUAAGCAAUCCUAAAUAUUAAAUUUAAAUUGAAUUCAUUGAACCAGUAUAAAAUCCUGUGUUAGAAGUUGUGAUGCAGAAAAAUAUUAUUUAUAACUAAUUUUAAUUAGGCUUAAUAGAAAAUGAAAAAAAAUUUAAUCUUGGUGAACCCUUUGUGCUUCCAGAAACCACUAAGUAGUAGUUAAGUAAUGUAGUUUAACUUAAUGAUGCAAUGAUGUACUCAAUGGCUGGUGUGUCAAGUUUAGCUUUAGUAACAGGAAAUACAAUUGUGUUUUUUAAUUUACUCGAUUUAUUAUAAUCAUUCUCAUAUUUAAGGUUUAUGUAGUCAGAAUUUCCACCACAUUUAAGAGAUUUUUUGAAUACUUAUACUAAGGUCUCGUUGAAACCAAUUUUAAAUUAUUUGUAAAUAGAUUAAUUAUUGGAGGAUUUAAAUGGAAAAAGUAAAUCAGAUUAGGUUAAUAGUAAAUUAUAACCAGACUAUGAAAUCAUUUUAAAUUAGCCAUAUUUGUUCAAUGCAAAAAGUUGCUAUUUUUCUGCCCUUGCCUCCAUUUUAACCUAUUUACUUUAUUGUGCUUUACUUUCAAAUACUUUAAGAAAUUUCAUCUUCAAAUGGUUUUAAAAAUACCCAGAUAAUACCAAAAUUAUCAAACUUAUCCAUCUAUUUUAAAAAUAUAUUCAGAAAAAGUUUUAAAAAUAAAAAAUGGAAUAUUUUUCAUUAGGAGUUUUUCAAGUUUAUUAAGCUAUUCUGCAUUAGUUAACGUUUAGUGUAUUGCUAUAAUUUCCCUGUUAUGUGUUUGAUUCUCCUUUUGCAAUUCUCAAUAGUUUGAAUGCUAUUUUAGGAUUAGGGUUCAUUAUAAUAGCAAACUUUCCUUUACUUUCAAUUACUACAAUAAACAUAAAAAAUUAAAGAAAAUGGAAGUAUUUCUACUCUGAAUCUAAAACUUAAUUUUGGGCAGGUUAAUUUAAGUCUUUUUAAAUAUACAAAAUCAUAUUCUAUAUUUUCAUUAUUACAGAAUUAAUCAACUAUCCAGAAGCAUAAUCAAUCCUACUCUCUAUGCAAUCGUUGUUUUUUUUGAUAUACUUAAUUAGAUUCAAACCAUUAAAAUCUUUUUUGGAACUUACUAAAUUAAUUUGUAAAGAGUUUGUAUUUAUGAUUAUUUCAGGGACUUUUUUAUUUUAUAGCUUUGAAUUCAGUUAAGAAACUUUUAUUCUCAUUGGUUGGAUCCAUAUAAGUCUGUUUUGUGUUAUUAUGGCAUCAAAUUUAUUUAUAGAUAUAUUGUAAUAAAUCAAAACAAAGUAUGAGACUUAUUUAUUAAAAAAACAAAAAGAAGGAAGUGAGUAAGGAUCUAAAUUGAAAUUAUGUAAUGUGCAAGGAUUUUCGUUAAAUGAGCGUGAUUAAUAUAUAUAAAAAUGA